GCCCACGCAUGCGCAGUCGUAGCCCCGGAGCCGCAGGAGAUCAUAGCUGCGCUCCGGAGUAAGAGACAGUGCAGCAUUAUGAGUGCCAAAGUGAACAUGGAGGCUCAACCCAAAGAACCGGAUCGCACACCUUUGGACCCGUCCUCCUCCACCUCCUUGUCCUCCAGCGAGGCCGUCCUGGUCUGUGGGAAUGACAGUGUGGCCAAGAAGGCUCGGCCCCAAACCCAAACCCACACCACCACAGCUUUCCUCCUGCCAGCUCCUGCUGCUGGCCAUCAGAAGCUGGAAGUGACUCCAGCCAUAUCCGUUGGAGACCCAGGCAAAGGAAGUCGGGCCAAUGAGAUGACCACCCUGACAGCACAGGUGGGCGGGGCUUGUAGCAUCGUCCACGUCCUGGAGUGGAAGGAGGGGAUGGCCAUCCUGCCAAGUAGCAACCUCAAGUUCUGUGUGAGUGACGUAGGUACCCUGAGCACGCUGAUCAGCCCGGGAACGACCAGCAGCACCGAACCAGCAGCCGGGACUUCUGGGAGAUCUUGUGACGCAGAAACUGCUCCAGCUGAAAAGCCAGAUGUGGCGGCUCCUGUGGGCUCUGUGAGAGGAACUGCAGAGCUGGAGAGGCUGGUGCCGCUGGUCAAACAUGAAGUCCAGUUUGGACCGGGACAACAGAACCAUGAUCCCCGAGCUCAGAGGACCUACAACGAGGAGCUGCGCAGAGAUCCCAUCACUGACAAGAGGAGUGUCGGGGUGGAGAAGGUGCCAGCAGGCGGGAGGGUCUCCUCUCUUAACCCCGACCACCUGAAACCCAUGAGGAAGAGGAAGAGGAAGGAGUACCUAAGUCCCUCUGAGGAAGACUCUGACAUCGAAGGCACGGAUGAGAAAACGGAUGAUUCUAAAGCAGACAGCAGGCUCAUCAGAGGAGCUGGAGACAGUAAGACAGAACUGUGGACGUGGGCUCAGUAUCUUGAGGAGACCAAAUCUGUUGCCGCGCCCAACAACCUUUUCCAGGAGACACAGAGAGUGCCAACAGUGAAGAACGGUUUUAAGCAGGGGAUGAAGCUGGAGGGAAUCGACCCACAGCAUCCGUCCAUGUACUUUGUUCUCACAGUGGCCGAGGUCUGUGGUUACCGGCUGCGGCUUCACUUUGAUGGCUACUCUGACUGCCAUGACUUCUGGGUCAACGCCAACUCCCCCGACAUCCACCCGACAGGCUGGUGUGAGAGCACGGGACACAAACUGCACACUCCCAAAGGCUGUAAAGAGGAGGAGUUUACCUGGGCCAACUACCUGAGAAUGACUAAAGCACAAGUGGCGCCCAAAGAGCUGUUUGCCAGUCCUGGGAGGGUUGAUGUAAAGAGCAGUUUUGAGAUAGGAAUGAAGCUUGAGGCCGUCGACCGCAUGAACCCCUCCCUCAUCUGCGUAGCCACCGUCACUGACUUGGUGGACGACCGCUUCCUGGUGCAUUUUGAUAACUGGGAUGACACGUACGACUACUGGUGUGAUUCCAGCAGUCCAUACAUUCACCCGAUUGGUUGGUGCCAAGAGAGGGACCUCCCACUAACACCACCCCAAGAUUACCCUGACCAAGCCCGGUUUAUCUGGUCUCAAUACCUGGAGGAGACUGGUUCCAGGGCGGUGGCUGCAGACGCUUUCAAAGUGCUUGCGGCCCACAACUUCCAGCCUCAGAUGAAACUGGAGGCCGUGGACAAGAGAAGCCCCGGUCUGAUCAGAGUGGCUUCAGUGGUGGACGUGGAGACUCAUCGCAUUAGGGUCCAUUACGACGGCUGGAGUCAUGUCUAUGAUGAGUGGAUGGACUCGGAUCACCCCGACAUCCACCCAGCAGGCUGGUGUGAAGCGACCAAUCACCCGCUCAAAGUUCCCCCGCGGGAUUCCAAAACACAGCAGCCGCAUGGGAGCAACCUGCACUUCAGUAUGAGGGACCUUCCUGCCAUUACAGGCCAGUCCACCUACCCCUCCACUGUUCCCUGUAAACCCAUCAGCCACCCAAGAGCAAACAAGUACAGCUUCCACAACAGGAAGUGUCCUACUCCUGGUUGUGAUGGCUCGGGCCAUGUGACGGGGCGUUUCACGGCCCAUCACUGCAUAUCCGGCUGCCCAUUGGCUGAGCGAAACCAGGGCAGGCUAAAGGCCGAGCUUUCAGACUCAGAGUGCAAGAGGACCCUCUUCCUCAGCCAGAGACCCAAGAAGACCCAUUAUCGUGGCAGGAUUGGCCGUCCUCCCAAAUACAGGAAGAACCAGCAGAGAGACUAUCACAACCUGUCCUCAGAGGGUGUGUACCCGUCCCUGUUCAUGUCUGCUCUGAGCGGUCAGUCCGACAGGACUCUGUCUCUGUGUUGGGAGCAGCACUGUAAGCUGCUGCCUGGCGUUCAGGGCAUUCACGCCAGCCAGGUGGCAGCAUGGAGCGUGGAAGAGGUCUUCAUGUUUGUGCAGAAUCUAAUCGGCUGUGAAGAACAGGCUCUUCUCUUCAAAGAAGAGAUGAUUGAUGGCGAGGCCUUCCUGCUGCUGACUCAGACGGACAUUGUGAAGAUCAUGAGCAUCAAGCUAGGCCCCGCCCUCAAGAUCUCCAAUGCCAUCCUCAUGUUCAAGAGCACAGACGAGGUACUCAAGUGAUCCCGCCCUCACCUGACCUGGGGAUCAUCAUGUGCCAAAUUCAUUCUGUUACAGGGAAAAAAAGACCCUGACCCCUUUUUUCAUGUGUUUGGUGUCCUGUACCCAUCAGAGAGAGGGGGGGGGGGGGGGGGGGGGGGGGGGGGGUGAGGUGCGAUCAGGGUUAAAGAGGAAAUAAAGGAGAGGUUAGAAGAAGAAAAAUAAGGAACAACAUUGCAGUUAUAUUUGUACUUCCUGGAUGAGAAUCACUCAUAUUGAUGCAGGCCUUAACACAGGCAGUGUUGGGAAGAUGACUUUUUAAAUCUAAUAGGUUACAGAUUACGUACCCUAAAAAAGUAAAUUAGUGGCUCUAUUUUAAAGACUUCAUCAAGUAAUGUAACUUAUUAAAUUUGAUUACUUUUCUAACAGAUUAGUUGAUAGUAAAUUACAACUAUAUUUAUUGUAAUAUAAUAACAUAAUGCUAAACAUGGAAUUAGUAACUCCCCAACAUUGUCAGAUACGUUAUGGAAAUAAAAAAGUACACACAGAUUUGGAUUCAACUGGAUUUACAACAUUGGUUAACUAAAAGGGAAAAGAUAUAGAGGACUGUGGAUGUCGGG